GGCAGCAGCAUGGACCAAGGGCUGCAGGUGGCGUCCAUCGACUGGCAGAGCCGCGGGAACAACCGGCAGCACCGCACGGCCCAGAUCGGCACCCAGCGGCUGAUCGUGCGCAGAGGGCAGGCCUUCGCCCUCCGCCUGCACUUCCUCCCCAGGGGCUACCUGCCCGGAGCGGACACCGUCCACCUGAUCGCCGAGACGGGGCCCCAGCCGGAGCGGCGGGCGGGCACGCGGGCCGUCUUCCUCCUGGAGCAGGGUCCGCCGGCGGCCGGGAGCGCCUGGCGGGCCGGCCACGUCUCCAGCAGCGGCCCGCGCUCCGCCGACGUGGCCGUGUGGGCGCCGGCCGGGGCCCCCCUCGGGCGCUACCAGCUGCUCAUCCACAUCGACUCCGGCCAGGGCCGCGUCGCCGCCUACCGCCUGGGCCACUUCCUGCUGCUCUUCAACGCCUGGUGCCCAGAGGAUGACGUCUACCUGGCCGGCGAGGAGGAGAGGCGGGAAUACGUCCUGAACGAGCAGGGCAUCAUCUUCCAGGGCAACAGGGACUGGAUCCGGCCGUCUCCCUGGAACUACGGCCAGUUUGAGGAAGACAUUGUGGACAUCGCCUUGAAACUCCUGGACAGAAGCUUGAACUUUCAGCGCGACCCUGCCAGGGAUAGCUCCCUACGCAGCAGCGCAGCCUAUGUCAGCCGGGUGCUGAGUGCAAUGAUCAACAGCAACGAUGAUAACGGGGUCCUGCUGGGCAACUGGAGUGAAGAUUAUUCAGGGGGGGUCCGCCCGACCGAGUGGAGCAGCAGCCUUGCUAUCCUCAGGCAGUGGCACCGCUCUGGAGGCCAGCCGGUCAGAUACGGGCAGUGCUGGGUCUUCGCAGCUGUGAUGUGCACAGUGAUGCGGUGCCUGGGGAUCCCGACUCGUGUGGUGACUAAUUUCAACUCGGGUCACGACACAGACGGAAACUUGGUAAUCGACGUCUUCUAUGACAAGACAGGCCAACUCCUGCCCCGGGAGAGCAAGGACAGUGUUUGGAACUUCCACGUGUGGAAUGAGUGCUGGAUGGCCAGGCGGGACCUGCCCGCGGGGUACAGUGGCUGGCAGGUCCUGGAUGCGACACCCCAGGAACGCAGCAGUGGACUCUACUGCUGUGGUCCAGCCCCCGUCGCCGCCAUCCGGGAAGGAGACACGCAGCACCUCUAUGAUGCCCCCUUCGUGUUCUCGAUGGUGAAUGCGGAUCGUGUUGCUUGGCUGCUUUACGGGACGAGGAAGGAGAAGAUCCACUGGGACACGAACUCCAUUGGGAUGCACAUCAGCACCAAACACAUUGGGAGUGAGGAGCGAGAGGACAUCACCAGCGCCUACAAGCACCCAGAAGGUUCCCUGGAGGAGCGCCAGGCAUUCCAGAAGGCCCUUGCCCAGCGGCGGCAGCCUGGCUCAGCCGGUUCCCCGGCAGGGGCCUUGCCUGCCGGCCCGGACCCUGUGGCGAGGUUCUCUGCUCCGGCAGGCAGCGCAAGCCAGGCCCAGCUCUCCCUCCGGCUCAGACUGGUGGAGAGUCCGGAGAUCGGGCAGGACCUGCACCUGAUGCUGCUUGCGCAGAACCUCGAAGUUGCCCGCAAGGAACUGAAGAUCAGUCUGAGCACCCAGCUGGUGCUGCACAACGGCACGCCCCGGCCUCCCUUCUGGCAGGACACCCACUACCUCUCCCUCGGCCCCAGAGAAGAAAAGAGCGUCUCCUGGAUUAUCUCUUACGGGCAGUACGGCAAACACCUGGUGGAAGACAAGCAAGUCCAGGUCAUCGCCAUCGCAGAGGAGAGCACCACCUGGCAGAAGACGCUGGUGGAGAAGACCAUCACCAUGGCCAGCCCCGCCCUCACGCUCAGCGUUCUGGCGCCCGUCGUGGUGAACCAGCCUUUCCCGCUCCACGUGGAGUUCGUCAACCCCCUGCCUGAGCCUGUGGGAGGCUGCAUCUUGACCGUGGAAGGCAGCGGGCUGGUGAAGGACCAAGGCCGGAUCGAGUUCCUGUCUCCUGAUGCUACAACGAAGGUUUCCAACACCUGUGACUGAGGCACUCCCACACCCACACCAGGGUGAGAGGUCUGGGGGAGCCACAGGAGCGACUCGGUGGGCCUUCCCUAGGUCAGCUCUUUUGAAAAGGACACCAUUUCUGGUGGGGGAGGGGGGGCUUCAUCCCAGAGAGGCCUCCAGCCAAGCCUAAGUGCCUGUCCCUGGAUACCUUGCAAAGAGCAGCAAGGGCUCCCUGUGUAUUUUAAGAGCCACUGCUGUAGCGAAAGGGCCCCUUCCCUUUACAAAAAGAGGAUGGUGUUUUUGGCAAGCAGGUUUAAGGCAGCAUUUCCUUUAACCAGCCAUUGUAUGGGGGGGGGGCUGGAUACCCCUCCCUGCCCCAGUCCUGCCUCUAAGCCCAGAACUUCCUGCCUGCCAGGGUGGGAGAACGUCCUUGAUGAGUUUCG